CGUUAUCGCGCAAUACGGCGUUGAUUUAACGCGUGUUUUUAUUUUAUUAGAGAAAAUGUGGUGAAUUAUUGAACAUAAACAAAAAUGAGUAAGUUAUAUGUUCUUUAUGAACAUAGUGCGGGCUUCGCCCUCUUCCAAGUGGCAGAGUUCGAGGAGCUGGCAGCAUUUCUGCCGCAAGUCGAGGAGUCUGUGACUGAUCUGCAGCGGUUCAACUCUGUGGUCACACUCAUCGCAUUCCAGCCCUUCAAGUCAGCUAUCACCGCCUUGGAAAAUAUCAACGCCGUGUCUGAAGGUAUCAUACCCGAGGAUUUGAACCUGUUUCUGGAGGGUGCUUUACCGAAGCGUAAGAAGCGCGGAAAAUGCACUCUCGGUGUGGCGGAUCCCAAGCUUGGUGCUGCCAUCAGCGAGGCUCUGGAGAUUCAGUGCUCCCACGUUGGGGCCGUUCCGGAAAUACUGCGAGGCAUUCGCCACCACUUCCACGCACUCAUCAAGGGGCUGACUCUCAAGGCAUGCAGCGUAGCGCAGCUCGGUCUCGGGCACUCUUACUCCAGGGCCCGUGUCAAGUUCAAUGUCCAUCGAGUGGAUAACAUGAUUAUACAGUCUAUAGCGCUGUUGGAUCAGUUAGACAAGGAUGUCAAUACAUUCUCCAUGAGGAUCAGAGAGUGGUACUCCUACCACUUCCCGGAGCUUGUCAGCAUCGUCCCCGAGAACUAUCUCUACACCAAGUGCGCUGAAUACAUCAAGGAUCGCAAGUCCCUCUCUGAAGAGUCGCUGGAGCCCCUCACCGAGAUCCUGGGCGACUCGGAGAAGGCCCAGGCCAUCCUGGACGCUUCGAAGAUGUCCAUGGGCAUGGACAUAUCUCCGGUGGACCUGAUUAAUAUACAGAUGUUCGCUGAGCGGGUUGUGAAGCUUAGUGAUUACAGAAAACAAAUAGCAGAGUACCUCCACACGAAGAUGAACUCGGUGGCGCCGAACCUUACCACUCUGAUAGGCGACCAAGUUGGGGCCCGCCUAAUAUCCAAGGCUGGUUCUCUGACCAGCCUCGCCAAGUACCCCGCUUCCACACUGCAAAUCCUUGGUGCUGAAAAGGCGCUAUUCAGAGCUCUAAAGACCCGAUCAAACACCCCCAAAUACGGUCUCCUGUACCACUCGACCUUCAUCGGACGCGCGGGACUCAAGAAUAAGGGUCGCAUCAGCCGUUAUUUGGCUAAUAAGUGCUCCAUCGCGUCGAGAAUCGAUUGCUUCUCUGAAUCCCAAACAACAGUCUUCGGCGAAAAGCUGCGUCAGCAAGUCGAGGACCGGCUCAAAUUCUACGAGACGGGCGACAUUCCCAAGAAGAACAUAGAAGUGAUGAAGGAGGCCAUGGAGGAAGCCCUGAACGCGACCCAGGAGCUGGAGGCCAGCGCCAAGAAGAAGAAAAAGAAGAAGAAGAAGAAGGAAGAGCCUAUGGAUGAGGAUUAGUGCUUCGGAUAGGCCGAUUGUGAAAUCAGGCCGAUCGUGAAAUCAGUCAUAUCAUGAAAUUCCUAGACAUAUCGUGAAUCGUGAAAAUCAUUGUCUCGUUCCCUAAGACGACGGAUUUAUGGACAGUUUGCCCUCCGGGCAUCUGAAGCAACCUCAAGAACCUAUCGUAAAGUGUCAUUCUAUGGAACUUGCUAACUAUGUAAACAAACCGCCAUAUUGAAAUUGUCAAAGACUUUACAGAGGAAGUUUACGAUCGGCCUGAUAACAGGCAAAAUUACUAUAAAAGCUGCGCCAGCAAGUCGAAGACCGGCUCAAAUUCUACGAGACGGGCGACAUUCCCAAGAAGAACAUAGAAGUGAUGAAGGAGGCCAUGGAGGAGGCCCUGAACGCGACCCAGGAGCUGGAGGCCAGCGCCAAGAAGAAGAAAAAGAAGAAGAAGAAGAAGGAGGAGCCUAUGGAUGAGGAUUAGUGGCUUGGAUAUGUCGGCGGCCGAUUGUGAAAUAAUGCCGAUUGUAAAGUUUCUCGGUAACGUUUUGACGGUAGUCAUAUUAACCUAUUGAACGCCAAACGGCGCAUCUAUUUGCCGUGCCACUGACGCCACGAGGGUAAGCGGGGCUCCGUCGUUUCAGGGAACGAAAUGAUUUUCACGUUUCACGAUGUCUAGGAAUUUCAUGAUCUGCCUGAUCUUACGAUCGGCCGCCGACAGAUGUAUGCAUUACUUCUAGCAGGCAAAAUUACUAUGUAGUCUUUGGCUGACUGUACCCCCAGUGUAAAUUUCAUUCGAUAGCGUGACGUGACGUACGCGUUUGCGUUAAGUGUCAUUUUGUAUGGGAUUUUGAGUUUCCAAAACGUCCUGCUUGGCGCGCUGUUCAAAAUCCCGUACAAAAAUAGACAUAACCCAAACCGUUUGGGCCAAACGCGAACGCUCGUCACGCUAUCGAAUGAAAUUUACACUAUAGUUCAUUUUUUUGCAUUAGAAAUAAGGUAAACAAUCUUGAUGUGUCUUUUAAUUGAAUAACACAUUUUAAAAAUGAGUUACCGCAAAUAUGUAACAAUUAUGAAUCUAAUAUGAUCAUUUAUAUUCUUCUGCUUUCAUAAUAGUUAUUGAUUUUAAAAAAGCGUUUUUCAAUUAAAUGACAUGUCAAGAUCGCUUACCUUCUUUCAACUUCUUUCUAAUGCUAAAAAAACGAACUAUAGGGGUUCUGACUUUUUAAAUAUCGGACGUAGUUAAAUUAGACUUCUUGAAGACCGAUGGGAAGACCGAUGCUGCGCUUUAAAGACUGUGUCAAGCGAGACAUGUCUGCAUUUAAAAUCGACCACCAUGCCUGGGAAGCCUUAGCUGAAGACCGUGAUGGAUGGCGCAAGCGUGUUGUGGAGGGGAGAAGGCUAUGCGACCAAGCCUGGUUUAAUGCUUUAGAUAGCAGAAGGUGUCGCAGAAAGUAAACCGGGACUGGAACCUCGGAUGGCAUGAGCUUUCUCUGCCAAAAAUGUGGGAGGUCAUGCCGCUCACGCAUCGGCCUCCACAGUCACCAAACCCGGUGUCUGCACAGCAAUGUAUAAAUCGUCUGCAAUAGACGGAAAGGCCUGUGAUGAUGAUGAUGAUGAUGAUAUGAUUUACGACAGUAGUAAUUAUUUGGUGAUGUAUAGUUCGUCGUUUUUUUUUAGCAUUAGAAAGAAGGUAAGCGAUCUUGACAUGUCUUUUAAAUGAAAAACUGUUCUUAAAAAUCAGUAACUAUUAAUUAACACAGCAGAAGAAUAUAAAUGAUCGUAUUAGAUUCAUAAUUUUAUUGUUACAUAUUUGCCGUGAAUUAUUUUUAAAACGUGUUUUUCAAUUAAAAGACAUGUCAAGAUUGUUCACCUGUUUUCUAAUGCUAAAAGACGAAC